UCCGAUCAUGCACAGAGCCUUGCCGCCGUGGUUCUACCAGGCUAUAUCUACACGUCGACCGACGCGGGCGUCUCCUGGACGGAGCGAUUAGACAAUAAAUCACGCAACUGGCGGUCGAUCGCGUCUUCGUCUGAUGGCACGAACCUUGCCGCCGUGGAAGGCUCUUUUUUGGGAGGCUCCAUCUAUACGUCGACGGACGCGGGCGCCACCUGGACGGUGCAAACCUCCGCUCCUUCUCGUAAUUGGCAAGCGAUUGCGUCUUCGUCGGAUGGCACGAACCUUGCUGUCGUGGCCUUUGAAGGCUCUAUCUACACGUCGACCGACGCGGGCGCCACCUGGACGGAGCAAACGGACGCUGGUUCUCGUAACUGGUUCUCGAUCGCGUCCUCGUCAGAUGGCACGAACCUUGCCGCCGUGGUUAAUGGAGGCUCCAUCUAUACGUCGACGGACGCGGGCGCCACCUGGACGGAGCAAACGGACGCUGGUUCCAGUAGUUGGCAGGCCAUCGCCUCCUCGUCGGAUGGCAUGGUACGUGUGUGGAUGCAAGCCAUUACACAAUAUGCA